AUGUCCUUCUACACUCCUCCAAACCAGCAACGCUCCUUGCGGGCUUGUAUGGUCUGCUCCGUCGUUCAGCUACACACUAAAUUCAUGCGCGAUGGCUGUCCCAAUUGCGAAAACGUUCUUCAGCUCCGUGGAAACAACGACGCUAUCCAAGAAUGUACCUCGCAGGUCUUUGAGGGUCUGAUUUCGGUUCGCGACCCGGCGGCCAGCUGGGUGGCUCGGUGGCAGCGGUUGGAUAACUAUGUCGCAGGGACAUAUGCGACGAAGGUGACUGGAUCGCUUCCGGAGUAUAUUAUCAGCAGCUUGGAGGACUCUGGCAUCAAAUACGUCCCUCGCGACGGAAGCACUGGCGAAGAAGAGUCCUAG